UCGCUGUCUCGGCUAUUUACACUUACCCCAGCUAUGUGGGCGCUCACUGUGGCCACUUUGGGCAAUUUAACCCUAAAAGCUGCAAAACAAGAAGCAAAAAAAAAAUUGGAAAUUCCAAAGUAAAUCCGCUCGUGAUUUGAACUUCGGGCUCUUGGACACAAAACAAAAAAAAACACAGCAGAACCUUUGAUAAGGCAAGUGUAAAAUACUCGAAGACAUCUCCUUGGAAUCACCGAUAAGACCCUCUUCGAUAACUGUUUUUUUUUCUUUGUGGUAGAAGAGAAUUCUUGAGGAAAUUCCACUCUUCAAUAUCUCCACCUUGCAAAAAUGGCGCUUGCAGUUGUAGUGGUAAUGGAUAGCGGACUUUGGAAGCAGAGACAGACCGCAUGUUGGAAUUGUUGAUCUUUGAAACUAUCUCAUGUGCGCAAUGAAGGCAAUAAAAGUGAAAUCGCAUUUUCUUGCUUAACUCACACUAAUACACAGAAACAUCCAAAAGUCUCAUGUCAGUGGCUGUGUGCCAUUGCUGAAGCAAUAAUGAAUAAAAAGAAGAAAUACCAAAAAAGAAAAAAAAAAUAAACGUAUAAGCAUUUUCUCACAAUCGAGAAAAAAGAGAGAGCUCGCGCGCUUCUUUUUUUUCUUCUUUCGCAAUGGUGAUCAUUGAGCUGCUGUUUCUGUCUCUCCCCUCCACCCACCCCACUGAUGCUAUCUCACUCUCCCACUGCCAAUCUCACAAUGGAGUCUCUGGUCUGGGGAAGUGAGCUUGAGUUUGGCUUUGUGUUCCCCCUUUUCAGCAGUUUUAGCUUCUCUUUCUACGCGAUCGUGAGGCACUUUUGUUCCAUCAUCAAAUUUUCUUUCUUUUUUUCAUAGUCUUUCUCUCCCUUUUUGCUGCCAAAAAAACACCUUUAAACCUGUCUUCCCCUCCUCUUCUCCUCUAUUUCCAACCAAUCCACCAACUCCCCUCAUCUCGGACAAAACGAAGGAAAAUACCUCUUUCCCCUUUGAACCAAGAGAAAACUGUCAGAAGAAGGAUAUAACAAAGGUGACAGUUGGAGAGAUCCUUCUCAGCUACAGUGCUGCCAUCCUGAGGAUUCUCAUGCCGUCCACCCCAAAGUGUAGCUGAGGUGGAAAUAUGCCAACGGUGGCGUCGCGGAUGCUGAGUGAGCUUGAGCGUCGUGGUUUGACGCGCGAGCGAAUCUCAUGCGUCGUAGUAGCCCUGGCCCUUGGGGCCUAUACCGUCAAAGUGGCUGGAGGACCACUUAGACGUCGCCUGGGUAUUCGGACAGCCCCAAAAGCCACUCCGGACAACAAUAAUCUGCCAACGGACGAUGAGAAGGCCAUCAUAGAAGCUGAGCGUGUCCUAGCCAGUCAAUCUGGUGUCACUAGCAGUCAGCCUGGUCUCAAUAGGGAAUUUAUUGUGCAACUCAUUCAAUUGAUCCGAAUUAUGGUGCCGAAGGUGGUUUGCCGCGAAACAGCUCUAUUGGCAGCCCAUACGGUGUGUCUGGUAUCCAGAACCUUCCUCUCCAUCACCGUAGCCGCCAUGGAGGGUCGAAUGGUUAAGCAUAUUGUCCAGAGGGAUGUUAGAAAUUUUUCCCUAAUGCUCCUUCAAUGGCUGGGAAUUGCUGUACCAGCUACAUUUGUCAAUUCCAUGAUUAGGUACCUGGAAAAUCGAUUGGCACUGGCCUUUCGAACACGGCUCGUGAGGCAUGCCUAUAGGCUCUAUUUUAGUGAUCAGGUCUACUAUCGAUGUUCAAAUUUAGAUUCACGCAUUGAAAAUGCCGAUCAACGUUUGACAGAUGACAUUGCCACCUUUGCCAGUUCUGUUGCUCAUCUGUACAGUCACCUGACGAAGCCAUGCUUCGAUCUAUUACUGAUUGGCCUAGCCAUGGCACGUUCAUCGCAACGCAUGAAGGCUUCUGUGGUAUCUGGUCCGUUGUUGGCAUUUGUUGUCAUCAGUACAACAGCACACAUCCUCAGAAUUGUAUCACCGAAAUUUGGUCAAUUGGUAGCCGAGGAGGCAAAUCGCUAUGGCUACCUAAGGCACAUUCAUUCCCGUAUUAUAACAAAUGCCGAAGAGAUUGCCUUCUACAGGGGUCAUAGGGUUGAAUUGGCACAAUUGAGAGAGGCCUAUGAUCGACUAACACGUCACAUGAAUGUCAUAUUUGAGCAGAGACUGUGGUUUGUGAUGCUCGAGCAAUUCUUCAUGAAGUACGUUUGGAGUGGUACGGGAAUGGUGAUGGUUAGUCUACCAAUUCUAACAACAAAUCGUCAACAACGUGAUUCAGGUGGUGGUAUAAGUGAUAGAACACAGUAUCUGACAACAGCUCGUAAUCUACUCAUUUCUGGGGCUGAUGCCAUCGAAAGACUCAUGUCCAGCUACAAGGAGAUUGUAGCACUAGCAGGUUAUACUCAUCGUGUAGCUGAUAUGUUUCAGGUAUUUUCUGAGACACGACGGGGCCGCUAUACAAAAGUAAAAGUAGCCGAAAGUCGCAACAGUGCUCUGCCACUGGAAUAUGGUCCAGAUGGUCAACCUGUUGUUGCUGGUCGUGUAUUUAUUGAAGGGGCAUCCAUAUGUCUGUCCAAGGUGCCCAUUGUGACGCCCAAUUGUGAUAUCGUGGUGCCCAGCUUAACGGUAUCCAUCCAUCCUGGUCAACAUGUUCUCAUCACUGGUCCCAAUGGCUGUGGCAAAUCCAGUCUCUUUCGCAUCCUCAGCGGUCUCUGGCCCAUCUACGGCGGUGACCUGAGGAUUCCACCGGCUCUUCCGGAUAAACCCUGCAUGUUCUACAUCCCACAGAGACCCUACAUGAGUAUCGGUAGCCUUCGGGAUCAGAUUGUCUAUCCGGAUACACGGCAGGAUGUGGCCAGGAAGAAGGUGAAUGAGGAACAACUUAGAGAAAUUCUCCGAAUGGUAGCACUCGAGCACAUUGUCCAGAGAGACAAUCUCGAUGAGGUUAGGGACUGGAAGGAUAUACUCAGUGGCGGGGAGAAACAACGAAUGGCCAUUGCUAGACUUUUCUAUCACAGGCCACAAUUUGCUCUUCUGGACGAAUGCACGAGUGCUGUGUCCAUUGACGUUGAAAGUUCCAUCUAUGAACUGGCCAAGGGAAUGGGUAUCACCCUCCUGACUAUCACACAUCGUCCCACCCUCAGGCGCUUCCAUACCCAUCUCCUGGAGUUCGAUGGUCAAGGUGGAUGGAUCUUCCAACCGCUCUCUUCCUGAGAAAAACCAACGCAACACAGAAGCAGAAGCCUUUGAGGAAAAUUGGGAAAAUUUAAAGAUGGCUGGACAGGGUCUAAAGUGAACGUGGUGUUGUAAUUUUUGUUUAUUUUUUUUUUGUAUAUAUUUUCGGGAUUUAUCGACAAUUAUUCUCUAUUAUAUUUUAUUAUUUGUUUGUUUUUGUUUUGUUUAUCUCGAUGGAUUGACACAGGAAUGGAAUAAAAGUAUUUUUUAUGUAA